UCAUUAUUUACGACUGGCCAAGUGACAUGUGACUACAGAAAAGGGGAAGAUUUCUAGAGAACAGCUCAUUGUAUAAGUAGGACAUUUACAGUAACUGUAUGUAAAAUAGCAGCAAAGAUUCUGCAAAACACUUUGUGUUCAACAGGUUUGGAACAAAAUUGGGGGGAUUCCUUCAUAAUUUCAAUAAAAACAGAUUAGCAUUUAUGUGAUGGAUAAAGUUCAAGCUGUAGUUUCACGCAGGAGUGGGCGACUGUCGGGUAAAUAUAACAUGGGUGAUGUGGUAAUAAUGAGGAAGUGUCUCCUGUCUGAGGGGAUGUUCACGCUGCCUUUUAUAACUUUGCAGAAUAUGCUAGAGUCAUGACUGACGUACCAACGCUGUGGUGGCCAUCACAUAUAUUGGGAAGAUCUCUUUAUUUGCUUCCCUAGGAGUGUUUGUUCGAAAAUACCAACGCUUCAUCUGUGCUUUUUCUUGUGCUUUCCACAACUCGUGAAAAGCUUAUCACAAGAUACAAUGGGAGGAAAUGCAUGUUUAACUUCACUUCUCAUUUUCUUCAAGUGAAGUGUGUGUAGCAUGACUCUGAAGGAGUCAGUUGACCGUUUCUUUUUUUGUUGGGGAUAAGUAGUGCCUCAAUCAGGGGAAAGUGGCUUCAAGGACCUCGUUGAUUUACGCCGACAAGCCAACGAGCAAUGAGUCUAUGUGUAGCUGUGCUGCUUUGUGUUGUGUGCAUCCAUCAAGUAUGUGGCAGCGAGGAUAUAUAUAUUACUGGUUACAGUGGCCAAUCAGUCGUACUGAAAUCUGGAGCGGACAGUUCAUGGAAACUCACUAGAGUUCAGUGGUCCAUUUAUAAGAACACAACAUUUAUUGCAAGUCUAAAGGACAGCGAAGUGAUUAUAUACAAGUUCUGGAGAUACCAGGGUCGACUUAAGCUCGACACCAGUACGGGAGAUUUAACAAUCAGUAAUGUGACCAUAGACGACAGCAUGAUAUAUAACGUGGCUUUGCUCGCAUCAGACUACACACGGAAACAAGUUAAAGUUCAUCUCACAGUUCAAGAGCCUCUCCAGAAACCAGUCAUCAAGAAGACGCUUCUUUCCCUCAAUGACAGCCAGUGCUACGUUGCCCUUGAGUGCACGGCAUCUGGCCAAAAGGUCAAUUUGUCCUGGACGCCUGAUGGCGAGUUCAACGGAUCGUAUAUUUCAGGAAUGCCAAACUCUGUCAACUCUUCGUUGGUUCUUUUCGCAUCAAUUAAUGGCAAAAUAAAGGUGACGUUCAACUGCACUGCCUCCAGUGUUCAACAAACAGAGACCAGGCAGAUGACAGUGCGAUGUUCAGAGGAGAAACUGAAGUGUGAAGUCUGCACCAUUUUCUGUUCAUGCGUUCCGUCUGUGAUGUUGAGUAUUGUGUUUACAGCUGCAGUCGUUUUGGUUUUAGCAUAUGCUUUUAAAAGAAAAGACACAAUUAUUGCUGCCUGCCCUGAAGGCCUCCUCAAGUUUUCUAGAAUAUAUACUAUCACACCACAGACAGCAGAGAUAUAAAGGACUCAGUUCACCGCAGUACUUAUCCUGGAUAUUUGUUUUUUUGAAGCACCACCAGUUUCAGCCCAGGCUCCCGUGGUGUUCAAAGGAAAGGAGACGCGGCGUAAGAAAAAGAAAACUUUGUUUGCAACCGUUACCUUAUGGAAAGGAACAUAUGAUGUUAUUUUUGACAGUCUUUUCGCUACGUUUGACUUUUUCUCUUCUUGAAGUAGUUUCAUGUUAAAGCAAAUAAUGUGCGGAGGAUGUGACUGUUGGUUUGACCUCAUUGUAUUCGGUCUAUGAAAUGUGUCAUCAGUCAUCUGAUGGUUUCUGGUACUUUAGUCACCUUUUUCAAAGAUACAAAAAAAAAAAACAUCUUCUAAAUCCAUCUAAAGGCUUGUGCUCCUUCAGUCUGAACGGACAUGAUGCUUCUGGUACUAAUGGCCUUUAAAUCUUGACUCAGCACGGCAGCUUUUUUAUUAAAAAAAUUGUCUACCUUCUUUGUUUAAAAAA